AUUCCCUCCCCCUCCCCACCUCCAAUUUUUGUGUAGCAUUGCCAUCUUUGAGUGUUCGCAGCUUUUGGCUCGUGCGGACGAGUUUGAUCGGCCAACGUGUCUGGAUUUCUUCGUGCACACGCGCGUCCAGGCCAAAACUCUCCUCGACCUGCCAUAGCCGAUCAAAAGACACUCGCAUACGGGAGAGCCGAUCCUAUUUCAGCGUGAAUAGUGUCUUACACAGCAGCAUGCCCGGUGACGUGCAGCUCAAAUCACCUUCGGACGGGAAUGUGUCUCCUGGAUCGACGCUCUCCGAGUUCGUCGAUAGGACCAAGGAGGAGUAUCUCAAUGCCGUGAAGCAGGGAACCUCACGAGAGUGGACGGUAGUGAUGGGGAACGAGGCUGGUGAUCUUGACUCAACAGCAUGUGCGAUCGCAUACGCGUGGUACGCCAACAACAUCCAGAACACGCCUACCGUUCCUCUCGUUCAAACACCACACUCCGACCUCCACCUGCGUCUCGAGAAUCUAUACGCCUUCUCCCUCGCCGGACUCGAUCCCUCCAGCCUCCUAUGCAUCUCCGACGUCCCACACACGAAGCCCGCUCCUUUCCCGUCCACUAAAUUCGCACUGGUGGACCACAACCGACUGAGCGCGCAGUUCUCCUCAGACAACCCCGACGCACGCGUCGUCGCCAUCAUCGACCACCACGCGGACGAGGGGCUAUACAAGGACACCGCUAACCCGCGCAUCAUCACCACAGGCAUCGGCAGCUGCGCGUCGCUCCUCACGCUCUACCUCGCGCAGAAAUGUCCGGGCAAGCUCCCGGGCGAACUCGCCACGCUCCUUCUGUCCGCCAUCGUCAUCGACACCUCGGGGAUGGUCCCAGGCGGAAAGGCAGUUGACCAAGACCGGCAAGCAGCCGCCUUCCUCGCCACGCGCUGCACUCUCUCCUUCACACCAGACCCCACCAUAUCCUUCAACCCGCAAUCCACGCCAGUCCUGUACGACAACCCCGCGAUCCAGGCGCUCAACGGCACGCUGCAGACGAAGAAGAGGUCUCUCGACCACCUCGGCACGCGCGAUCUCCUCCGGAGGGACUACAAGGAGUACGCGCUCACGCCGUCCUGGGCGGCCACGCGCGAGAUCCUCGUCGGGCUCUCUUCGGUGCCCGUGAGCCUCUCCUCGUGGUUCGCGCGCGAAGGCGAGGAGAAGUUCGCGAGGGAGGCGGAGGGGUGGAUGGCGGAGCGCGGGCUAGCGGCGCUGGGGAUUCUGACGUCGUUUCGCGGCCCGGGAAAGAAGGGCAAGGUCAAGCACCGGCGCGAGCAGCUGUUCGUCGUGAGGACGGACAGCGAAGGCGAAGAUGGGGCGGUGCUCGCGAAGCGCUUGUUCAAAGGCCUGGAGAGGAGCAAGGAGCUGAGGCUCAAGGACGUCAAGUGGGACGAGCUGGGCGUGCGGAAGCGUGCGGGGUUGGGGACGGGGGUGAAGGUGGGUGUGUGGAAGCAGAAGAAUGCGGAGGCGACGAGGAAGACGACCGCGCCGCUGGUGAAGGAGAUCGUUGAGGGCACCGAGGAGAUCCAGUAUGAAGGUCAGAAAUUAUGAGGAGUGUACGUGAUACGUGUCGUGUUUAGUCGUCAGCAGCAUCGUGAUAUCUAGCAGCUAGUGGCUGUGGCUAUCACAAUGCUAUCCCUUUUCUCGAGGCGCUCAAGGUGAACGUCAGGAUGCAAGCAAUAUAGUGCAGCGCAACGAGAAUAUAUGCUGGCGAAAUUAGUGGCA